AUGAUCAUGCUUCGUUCAAGACCACUCACAAGACCCUCUUUUCGGUACUUCUCAACCACCAGCAAUCCGCGCGUCAUACCGAAUCCAACGGCCAUGAGCAACAACCCCAAGAUCAUUUCCUCGAUUGAUCUAUCACCCCGAGAUGCAAAAUGGAUUACCCUGAAAAAACUCACGUGGAUCGACGGAGAAGGACGUGAACGCCUCUGGGAAUGCGCACAACGGAAAACGAGGAAGUCUGCGGGUAUCGACGCUGUCGCCAUUUUUGCAGUGAUCAGAUCGAAAACGAACAGCUUUCCUCCAUCCACAGUUGUCAUAGAGCAAUAUAGACCACCGAUUGACAAGGUCAUCAUAGAGCUUCCUGCAGGUCCAUUUUCCUCUCCAUGGUUUCGUUGUAGCCCCUGA